AUGGUAUAUUGUGUAGCAUUAUUUGUAAGUCCAUCUUCCUCCUUGUUGACCCAUUUGUGAAAGAUUUAGGAGAUGUCGAGAGCAUGUCUUCUUAUCUUCAAUGUUCAAAAUCUCAAAUGAUAGAGGAGGUCCAAUGGUAUGUUUGUGUAUUCCCUGACUCUAUGUGGACCGGGCAAUGGCAGAGGGACUAGUAGCGUGUCAGCCAAUUCUUUUCUAUUUGUAUCUGGCUUCUUCUGGGCUCUGAGACCAAUGCAGAGAACCAACACAACCUUGGAACUUUAAAUGUAUUAUAAUAAACCACCGCAUAACCCAAAAUUUCCAAGCAUGUUCCCUGGUUCAUGUAAGAAAACCAGAGCAGAAGGCUUUUUUCUUCCUGCAUUGCAUUGAUCAAUCGUAGUUUGACUGCACACCAGCAGUGGCAAUCAAAGUUUAGCAGCCCAGUGUCACUGUCUGUUGUUUUUGUUUCUUCCUGCUCUGAUAGACUAUACUCUGGUACAUGCCAAAUGUUGUGAUUGUAGUUAAGCAGUUUGGUGUUAGCAUUUGUUGUGUUUGGCCCUUCGUAGAAUCUGUCUACGUGCCAAAUGUUGUGACCGAAAUUUAUUAGUUAAGUGGGAUAGUCUGCUGUUUUGGGUUUAUGUAAUAGGGGACCCGAAAAAGCCCAGAUGGUUCGCUAUCUGCAGGAAAACAGUAGCAUUGGUCCUCCUUCAGUGACCCAAUAUAAUGGAGACAGAAGAAAUGCUGGCAUUGCCCUUGUUGUCAUUGUCGUUAUUGCUGCCCUUGCAGUGGUGGCCUUGCUUGUUGCAUUCAGUUAUUAUUGGUAUAUCAGAAACAAAGUAAAGAGGAGGUUUAGUACUGAGAAACCCAAAGAAAUCGAUGAACCUGCAACUCCUGUGAUGAGCUCUUGUCACACAGAAGCCCAAGUAUUCACAUUCAAACAGCUCCAAGUUGCCACUAGCAAUUUCAGUCAAAAUAAUGUUAUCGGUCAUGGAGGCUUUGGCUCCGUCUAUAAAGGGGUGCUGCAGGAUGGCAGUAAGGUCGCUGUCAAGCAGCUUGACCUGGCAAGCAAGCAGGGAGAACAAGAAUUUCGUGUGGAGGUUGAUGUUCUGAGCAGACUGCAUUCUCCGUACUUGCUUGCAUUGAUUGGUUACUGUGCAGACUAUGACCACAGGCUCUUAGUCUAUGAAUACAUGCCCAAUGGAAGCCUUCAGGAGCACCUUUACUCUGACGGGUCUUCUGGUACCCCUCCAAAACUGGAUUGGGAGACUAGAAUGAGAAUAGCCCUUGAUGCAGCAAGAGGCCUGGAAUACCUGCAUGAGUACGUGGAUCCUCCUGUGAUCCACAGGGACUUCAAAAGUAGCAAUAUUCUCCUUGACAGAAACUACCACGCCAAAGUCUCAGAUUUUGGGUUGGCCAAACUUGGGUCUGAUAAAGUAGGCGGUCACGUGUCUACUCGUGUUUUAGGAACACAGGGAUAUGUUGCCCCAGAGUAUGCAUUGACAGGGCACUUGACUACCAAAUCAGAUGUGUACAGCUACGGAGUUGUACUACUGGAACUCUUAACUGGAAGAGUUCCAGUGGACAUGAAAAGGCCACCUGGUCAAGGUGUCCUCGUCUCUUGGGCUCUGCCUCAGCUUACAGACAGAGAUAAGCUAAUUCAGAUUGUAGAUCCUGAUUUGGAGGGUCAGUUCUCCAUGAAGGAGCUCAUUCAGGUUGCAGCAAUAGCUGCAAUGUGUGCACAACCAGAAGCAGACUACAGACCUCUUAUGGCUGAUGUUGUGCAGUCAUUGGUUCCUCUUGUGAAGCACCAUCGGCCAUCUUCUAGGGUGAUCAGCACCCCAAAUUUGCAUCAUAACAUUGUGACACUCAAGUCUUCUUCAAUUGACAGUGGCAGCAGUGGUGCUGCCAAUGACUGAUAUUAGUUGUGUAUAAGAUAGUUGCUUCUGAUAUAUGAGCCUUUUUGGGAGAUUAGCUUUCAACACUUGGCCAGGCUACUAAACCCAGAUCUGAACCAAGUUGUACUCGAGGUCCUGUAAUCCUAAUCAGAGCUCCAUCAGUGACAUGGGUAUGUUGUACUUCGGUAAAUUUUAUGGCUACCUGUUAUCAAGUAUCAGAAGCAAAAUUUGCAUAAGCCACUGAGCUAAUUAUCCCCACUAACACGUUUCUCUCAUCAAGAUAAGUUUUUACAGAAAAUGAGCUAAUUUAGUGCUUUCUCAAUACGACCUUCGUGGGUGUGGAAUUGUUUUGUGAUAUUUAUUAGAUACAUUAUUUCGAAUGGUAUUUAAUGGAACCUGCUUCAAACGAAGUAGUAGUUUUGUUCCCA